GAUCAUCGGGCUCUGUCGGCUUCUUCCGGCGACUCCCGCCAGUCGCCGUGAGCUAGCCGAGUGGAUUAGCCUGCUGCUAGCCGCUCAUGUCUGCGAGGUGCUCCACGGUCGCGGGCUCGAGCGGAUGACACGGACGGCGUAGCAGAGAAAUGGCGGACGUCGAGGGACACGGGACUUGUUCAUCUGUCCCCGCGCUGCCUCGCCCUUCCUCCCGCGACGGCUCCGACGGCGGUAGCGCUGCACCGGGUGGCCGCUGCCCGACGGAGACCGCCGCCACCUCGGGCCCACGGCUGGUCCGGAUAGUGAAGUCCGACUCGGGCUACGGCUUCAACGUGCGGGGCCAGGUCAGCGAGGGGGGACAGCUGCGGAGCAUCCACGGGGAGCUGUACGCUCCGCUGCAGCACGUCAGCGCUGUUCUCCCGGGAGGCGCCGCCGACCGAGCCGGCAUCUCGAAGGGGGACCGGAUCCUGGAGGUUAAUGGAGUGAAUGUAGAGGGAGCGACCCAUAAGCAGGUGGUGGACCUGAUCCGGUCCGGGGAGAGGGAGCUUGUGCUGGCCGUGCUGCCCGUCCCGCCCCAGGAGGCCGACUGCUUGGAUCCCGGAGACGACAGUUCAGCUCAGUCCUGCUACGAUUACUCCGACAAGCAGGCUGUCCCCAUCUCUGUGCCCAGCUACAAACACACGGAGCUAAACCAGGAAAAAUUUGUGGUAUAUAAUGUGUACAUGGCAGGCAGGCAACUGUGCUCCAAGCGUUACCGGGAGUUUGUGAUCCUACACCAAAACCUCAAGCGGGAGUUUGCCAACUUUACAUUCCCCAAGCUGCCUGGAAAAUGGCCCUUUUCCCUGUCAGAGCAGCAGCUGGAUGCACGACGCAGAGGCCUGGAGGAAUAUUUGGAGAAAGUGUGCUCCGUGCGGGUGAUUGGAGAAAGUGAUGUCAUGCAGGAGUUCCUGUCUGAAUCGGACGAGAAUUAUAACGGCGUGUCCGAUGUGGAGCUGAGAAUAGCCAUGCCCGAUAAAACCACGCUCACUGUCAGAGUUCGCAAAAAUUCUACGACAGACCAAGUCUAUCAGGCUGUGGUCAUGAAACUAGCUGUGGACAGUGUAACGGCCAGCUACUUUGCUCUUUUUGAGGUCAUCAAUCACACCUUCGUGCGUAAGCUUGCCCCCAAUGAGUUCCCCCACAAACUGUAUGUUCAGAACUAUACCUCAGCCAUCCCAGGAACCUGCCUCACCCUGCGCAAGUGGCUCUUCACAACAGAAGAGGAGAUUCUGCUCAACGACAACCAGCUUGCCCUCAACUAUUUCUUUCACCAGGCUGUGGAUGACGUGAAGAAAGGCUUUGUCAAAGCAGAACAGAUGUCAUACCAGCUGCAAAAGUUGGCAGAGCAGAAGAAGAUGUCCACGUAUCUGAGUUUGUUGAGGAGUUGUGAGGGCUACAAUGAGCUCAUAUUCCCCCACUGUUCCUGCGACUCCCGACGUAAAGGCCACGUCAUCACAGCCAUCAGCAUUCACCAUUUCAAGCUGCACGCCUGCACAGAGGAAGGGACACUCGAGAACCAAGUGAUCGCAUUUGACUGGGGGGAGAUGCAGAGGUGGGACACGGAUGAAGAGGGCAUGGCCUUCUGUCUUGAAUAUGCACGGGGAGAGAAGAAGCCACGCUGGGUCAAGAUAUUCACACCUUACUUUAACUACAUGCAAGAAUGCUUCGAGAGAGUCUUCUGUGAGCUGAAGUGGAGGAAGGAGGUGGAAGAGGAGGCUACAGACAAGGACAAUAAGAACUGCAGUAAAGAUGGUAUGUGUGGCAAGAAUAUUUUCCAGCUGCUGAGGCACAGAAGGGAUGGAGGCACCUAGGAAGGGAGAUUGUUACGUCUUAACUCCACACUGUCGCCAUUUUUGGCCCUCAUCCAGUCCAGCGCCCGGCAACACUCAACUAUUAACGACACGGUCAUCAUUUGAACUCCCGUCAACUACAACCCGAGAAACUACCCCCUGAUACAUGCAAAACGACAAACAUCUUCAAAUGAAGACAUCAAAAAAACAGAAACAUAAAAGGCAAAAAAACCCAACUUGAAAUCCUGAAUCUAGCACAUCAUAAUGCAUUAAGCAGAGCUCUGUCAAAAAGAAACAAGGUGUCUAAAGACUUGACUUCAAACAUGCCUUUUUUUUUCUCAUCGGAAGAGACUU